AUGUACAGCAGAAGGGCCUCUGCUGCUGCGGUGUAUGUACAGCAGAAGGGCCUCUACUGCUGCGGUGUAUGUACAGCUGGUGGGGCUCACCAGGUAGCCCUGGGCGAGCAUUUGGCGCAGCAAAAAGGCCAAAGCGUCCAGCAAGCUGGCAGCAAAUUGGGGGUCGUGGGGGCCCUUAAAGUAGACGUUAAUUUCUUCCCGAGAGUCUGGCAGCAGCCUGAGUUGCUGCUGCAUGUUGUUAAAUGCAUGCAUGGCUUCAAAGAAGCGCUCGGAGCUCAAGAGAGAAAAGAACAAGCCGCGAGCAGCCAGCAAGUCCAGCCGGCGGGGCACUCUUGCGCUGCUUCGCUGCACAGUCACAGCAGCAGCAGCAGCAGCAGCAGGAGCAGCAGCAGCAGUUCCAAAGCCUGUGACCCCACGCCAAGCCCCUCCUAG